CCCUUGCCCCUGAAGGCCAGGGUGGUGACAGCCUCUAUAUAUUUAAAGAGGACCAGAGCCCCCUUACUCAGUUGAGCUGACUGACGGAGACCUCACAGGCAGACUUGACCUUGAUCAGAGAGGCCACACAAUGCCAAACUGGGGUGGCGGAGCAAAAUGCGGAGCCUGCGAGAAGACCGUGUACCACGCAGAAGAAAUCCAGUGCAAUGGAAGGAGUUUCCACAAGACCUGCUUCCUCUGCAUGGCCUGCAGGAAGGCUCUGGACAGCACCACAGUGGCCGCUCACGAGUCAGAGAUCUACUGUAAGGUCUGUUACGGGCGCAAGUAUGGCCCCAAGGGCAUUGGGUUCGGACAAGGAGCCGGCUGCCUCAGUACGGACACGGGCGAGCACCUGGGCCUGCAGUUCCAAGAGUCCCCAAAGGUGGCACGCUCGGCCACCACCAGCAACCCUUCCAAAUUUGCCAAGUUGGGAGAAUCCGAGAAGUGCCCCCGAUGCGGGAAGUCUGUCUAUGCCGCUGAGAAGGUGAUGGGAGGCGGCAAGCCAUGGCACAAGACCUGCUUCCGCUGUGCCAUCUGUGGGAAGAGUCUAGAAUCCACAAACGUCACUGACAAAGAUGGGGAACUUUAUUGCAAAGUUUGCUAUGCCAAAAAUUUUGGCCCUACUGGUAUUGGGUUUGGAGGUCUUACACAACAACCGGAAAAGAAAGAGUGAAAAGACACCGCUUCUCAGCUCUUUCGCCAACCUGAGGCUUCUGUGUGGUGUUCCUGCCCAGAUUUGGGGAAACCUUUCCCCCAAACAGCUUCUCAUUUGUCUGUGGACAUGAUUUCUCUUUAGAAGUGAUGACUGUUUGGGCCCAAAGUUAGAAGAGACCUUUGGAAGAAAAUGAUUAAAAGCCUAAUUUGUAACACAUGCUUCGUUAUUCACACCUGGUUGGGGUGG